AUGUCGAACGCAGGCCCCGGAAACGUGCCUUUGCACUUCGUUCAGAAACCUCCCUUUACCGUCGAGGAUCCCAAUGCCCAACCCAUUCCAGGCGAGACCAUCCCCCGCCGACACCCCAAGGCUAAGAAUGGCCUCAUCACUCGUCCUGCCCCCGGAGUCAACACCACCCUAGACCUUCUCACUAGAACCGUCGAGCUCUACGGUGAUGAGUGCGCCAUAGGAAGCCGCAACCUGAUCAAGCUUCACAAGGACAUCAAGAAGGUUCCCAAGGUCGUUGACGGCGAGACCGUCAUGCUGGACAAGGAAUGGCAAUACUUUGAGCUUACUCCGUACUCGUACAUCACCUACGGCGAAUACUUUACCAUUGUGAAGCAGAUAGGCGCUGGUCUUCGCAAGCUCGGCUUGGAACCCAUGGACAGGUUGCACUUCUUUGCUACCACAAGCCCCCAAUGGCUCGGCAUGUCGCAUGCUGCAUCGUCCCAGUCCCUCACCAUCGUUACCGCCUACGACACCCUCGGCGAGAGCGGCGUCGAACACUCCCUUGUCCAGAGCAAGGCGGGCGCCAUGUUCACCGAUCCUCACCUCCUCAAGACAGCCACGAACCCGCUCAAGAAGGCCACAUCCGUCAAGAUCGUCAUCUACAACAACCAUACCACGCAGCCCGUAUCUCAAGACAAGAUCAAUGCCUUCAAGGCCGAACACCCGGACCUCACCGUCCUCUCUUUCGAAGAGCUCCGCGCUCUCGGCGAAGAAAACCCCGUCCCACUCACACCUCCUAGUCCCGAGGAUACCUACUGCAUCAUGUACACCUCGGGCAGCACCGGCCCGCCGAAGGGUGUUCCCGUCACCCACGCCGGCUUUGUCGCCGCCGUAGCCGGUCUCUUCGCCGUCAUGGAGGAAUCCGUUACCCACCGCGACCGAGUUCUCGCGUACCUCCCGCUCGCCCACAUCUUCGAGCUCGUCCUCGAGAACCUCGCUGUCUUCGUUGGCGGAACCCUCGGGUACUCUAACCCGCGUACCCUUUCCGACACCAGCAUGCGCAACUGCCCGGGCGACAUGCGCGCCUUCAAGCCCACCGUCAUGGUUGGCGUGCCACAGGUGUGGGAAACCGUCAAGAAGGGAGUCGAGGCCAAGGUCAACAGCGCCGGUGCCCUGACCAAGGCCCUAUUCUGGGGCGCCUACAACAUCAAGUCCUUCCUAGUCUCCAACAACUUGCCGGGUAAGACCAUCUUCGACGACCUCGUCUUCGGUCAGGUCCGCACCAUGACGGGCGGCGACCUGCGCUUCAUCGUCAACGGCGCCAGCGGCAUCGCCGCCUCAACGCAACACUUCAUGUCCAUGGUGGUAGCGCCCAUGCUGAACGGCUACGGCCUGACGGAAACCUGCGGCAAUGGCGCCCUCGGCUCCCCCAUGCAAUGGACCUCCACCGCCAUCGGAGAAAUCCUCUUCCGCGGCGCCUGCGUCGUCAAGGAGUACUACGAAAAUCCGGAAGAAACAGCCAAGGCCAUCACGCCCGACGGCUGGUUCAAAACCGGCGACAUUGGCGAGAUCGACGAGAACGGCCAUAUACGGGUGAUCGACCGCGUCAAGAACCUCGUCAAGCUCCAGGGCGGUGAGUACAUUGCUCUGGAGAAACUAGAGGCUGUGUAUCGGGGUGCCGUGUUUGUGCACAACAUCAUGGUGCACGGUGACAGCGGGAAUCCCAGGCCAAUUGCGGUGGUCGUGCCUAACGAGAAGGCGUUGACGGAGAAGGCGCAGGAGUUGGGGGUUAGCACAGAGGCGCCUGAGAUGCAUAGGAGCAGGAAGUUGAGGGAUGCGGUCCUCAAGGAGUUGCAGAGUGUCGGGAGGGGCGCGGGACUGAGUGGGAUGGAGACGGUGGCGGGUGUGGUGUUGGUUGAUGAUGAGUGGACGCCUGUUAAUGGUCUGGUUACGGCUACGCAAAAAGUCAACAGGCGGGCGGUGAAGGAGAAGUAUAAGAAGGAGAUUCAGGCUUGUUUGGAUGGGAAAUAA